AUUCCCUCGCCGUGGGGACAGGGACGAGGCGGGGAGAGCAUGAUGUUGGACUGGGAUGAGGCGAAGGGACAGCGGGAUCUGUCGGCGGACACGGGACGGGAGGGGCACGCGGGGACCGGUGGGACACGGAGAUGGGGAGCUCGCGGUGACCCCCAUCCCAUCCCCGCUCCCCCGGCCACCCACGGACCAUGAACGUGCUGGCCCCGGUCCGCAGGGACAGGGUCAUCGCCGACCUGCCCGCGUGUUUUCGGAAGGAGGCCGCCCUGCACACCCGCCCCGCCUUCCACCCCAGCGUGGCCGGCGCCUGCCGGGAGCAGCGGACGGGCACCGUGGGGUUCAAGAUCUCCAAGAUCAUCGUGGUGGGCGACCUCUCGGUGGGGAAGACGUGCCUGAUCAACCGGUUUUGCAAGGACACUUUUGAUAAGAACUACAAGGCGACCAUCGGGGUGGAUUUCGAGAUGGAGCGGUUUGAGGUGCUGGGGGUGCCCUUCAGCCUGCAGCUGUGGGACACGGCCGGCCAGGAGCGCUUCAAGUGCAUCGCCUCCACCUACUACCGGGGAGCACAGGCCAUCGUGAUUGUCUUCGAUGUCAACGACGUGGGGUCCCUGGAGCACACACGGCAGUGGCUGGCUGAUGCCCUGAAGGAGAACGACCCAUCCAACGUGAUCCUCUUCCUGGUGGGCUCCAAGAAGGAUCUGAGCACGCCAGCACAGUACAGCCUGAUGGAGAAGGACGCUCUCAAGGUGGCCCAGGAGAUGCAGGCAGAGUACUGGGCUGUCUCCUCACUCACUGGGGAGAACGUGCGGGAUUUCUUCUUCCGAGUGGCGGCGCUGACCUUCGAGAGCAGCGUGCUGGCCGAGCUGGAGCGCGGCAGCAGCGCCCGCAGGAUCGGCGACACCGUGCGGAUCAGCAGCAAGGAGAGCGACCUGUACCUGUCAGCGCCCCGCAAGAAACCCAAGUGCUGCCAGUGAGGGGACAGCCCCAGCCCCCCUCGUGCUCACACCUCUGGACCAAAGAGGGGCGACCCCGGCCGGCCCCGAGGAGACGUCCCUGCCACCCCCAGCCCCCCCCGG